GCUGUGGCCCCCAGCUGCGGAGAAGUCGGAGGCUCAGCUGCUGCGCCGGGGCCUGAGCCGCUGCCUCCUUCCCAACCGCGAGCCCGAGCCCGGAACGCUGCGCAUAGACCCAGUGUGCCUGCUGGUCUGUGGCCAGGUUGAGAGCCAUGCCAGUCUGUGGGUGAAGUCUGAGACAGUAAUGGAGCCUCUACAGCAGCAACAAAAGCAGCCACACCAGGCUCCUCUACAGAUGGAUGCCAGAGAGAAGCAGAACCUGCAGACAAGAGAAGCACAGUUGCUGUAUGCCCCCAAACUAACCACCCAGCCUGCUCUCCUUUCUGUCACACCUGGGAGACCUUCUGGUAGCCCCGUUCUGGGCCCCUUAGCCAGAGUUACACCAGCCACACCAGUGACCCAAGUAUUUGAGCAGAGCAGCAUCAACUCUGAACCUGAGGAAGAGGAAGGAGGUCUGGAAGACGAAGAUGGAGAUGAUAAUGUUGCAGAGAUGGCUGAGAAAGAGGCCCAGGCUGCUUCCAAAUAUUUCCAUGUCCAAAAAGCAACUCGCCAAGACCCCAGAGCAGCACCCAUGUCCAGCCUGCUUCCAGCACCUGGACUCCCACUACAGGGACAACAAGCUAAAGAAGACCAAACCAAAGAUACUUCCAAGGCCCCACCUUCCAUCCCCACAGCUGGGCAGUCGAGCUGGAAUCUGGAUGAACAGCUUAAGCAGAAUGGUGCUUUGGCCUGGAGCGAUGAUGCUGAUGGAAGCCGGGGAAGAGAGAUCUCUCGAGAUUUUGCCAAGCUGUAUGAACUGGACGGUGACCCUGAAAGGAAAGAAUUUCUGGAUGACCUCUUUGUCUUUAUGCAGAAGAGGGGCACUCCUAUCAACCGGAUUCCCAUAAUGGCCAAGCAGAUCCUGGACCUGUAUAUGCUAUAUAAACUGGUCACAGAGAAGGGGGGCUUGGUGGAGAUAAUCAACAAGAAAAUCUGGAGGGAGAUCACCAAAGGCCUGAACCUGCCCACGUCCAUCACCAGUGCUGCCUUCACUCUCAGGACCCAGUACAUGAAGUAUCUAUAUGCCUAUGAGUGUGAGAAGAAAGCCUUGAGCUCCCCAGCUGAACUACAGGCUGCCAUUGAUGGCAAUCGUCGGGAAGGUCGGAGGCCCAGCUAUAGCUCCUCCCUCUUUGGCUAUUCUCCUGCCACUGCUGCUGCUGCUGCUGCUGCCGCUGCUGCCGCUGCUGCUAGUGCUGCCACUGCUGGGGCCCCUGCCCUUCUAUCGCCUCCCAAGAUCCGAUUCUCUAUCCUUGGACUUGGCUCCAGCAGUGGUACCAAUGCCAGUAGCCCUCGGAUAUCCCCAGCAUCUCUCAGGAAAGGUGAUGGAGUCCCAGUGACAACAGUGCCUGUGCCAAAUCGCCUGGCUGUGCCUGGGACUUUGGCAGGCCAGCAGGCUGGUAACCGGACAGGCACACUGGAGCAGCUACGGGAGCGUCUAGAAUCAGGGGAACCCCCUGAGAAGAAGACAUCAAGGUUGUCGGAGGAGGAGCAGCGCCUGGUGCAGCAGGCCUUCCAGCGCAACCUUUUCAGCAUGGCACGGCAGCUCCCCAUGAAGAUCAGAAUCAACGGCAGGGAAGACAGAGCAGAGACUUCGGCUGCAGCACUGAACCUGACUACAAGCAGCAUUGGAAGCAUCAAUAUGUCUGUGGAUAUCGAUGGCACCACCUAUACAGGUGUGCUAUUUGCCCAGAAACCAGUGGUCCACCUCAUUGCAGGCUCUGCUCCCCAGAGCAUUGGCAGCGGCACCAGCAGCAGCACCAGCUCUCACUGCUCACCAAGUCCUACCUCAUCCCGGGGCACCCCCAGUGCAGAGCCCUCCACCAGCUGGUCCCUCUGAUGAGCAGCACCCAGCACCCAUUCCCUACUCUCCUACAGAGAAUAAGGGAGAUUGAUGCACAGAAUUUACCUCAUCUCAUGGAGCCCACAUCAGAUACCAUCUGGCCAGAUGUUGAAUUUGGAAGUGUUCGUCUGUUCAGGCUCCAUUCAGGUUCUGCUGUACUCUGGGGACAAGGAGAGACUUAGGGAGGGGGGCAGGGGCAGGACAGAGCAGCGUUGUCCAAUCAGGGAUUGUCCUGGAGAAGUGGGUGGGGUAUCUGAGCAUCCAGCUUCCCCAGGGUUCCCAACCACUCCCCAUCCCAGAGCAAUGUAUCGACAAUCUGUAAGGCGACAUGGGGCUGGAGGCUUUUCAUUUCCCUUCCCCUUAAUUUAUUUCCCUUCUGCUGCCUUCUGCCUUCACCCCAGGAUCACCAGUCUCUUAGUCUGCCCAGUCCCCAGUAUUUAAGUCCCAUUUGGGGCUUUAGUAGCAGAAGCUUGUCUUCCUUGCUCUAAUCUUUUGAGCAUGGGAUGGGGUGGGUCUUCCCAGUCCUCCUUGCUUACUGCUUGAUUCUUUGGGCAUGAGUCUCUCAAUCCAAGUCUUAACUUCAGUCCUCAGGGCCCUGGAAUAUUCCCUUUGUUGUUCUAAGGAAAAAAAAACUGUGAGGGCAAGCUUCAGGUUCAGGGCCUCUGCACAUGAAAAGGAGGAAGGCCCUGGGACCUACCUGACAAGACUCCAUUUAAUCCCUAAACCUCAGCUCCCUGCCUGCCCAUGUUGGCCAGCUCUCCCAAGAUACCACUUGUCUCUGGCCCCUUCUGUCGUCUCUUGGGGCCAUUUCAGCCCUACCAGCCCCAGACAUGCUGAUGUCAGGCUCACAGAAAUACCUCAGAUUUGUAAUUGUUGAUAUUUGAUUCUUCAGGAAGUAUUUGCAUCUCUGUAAUCUUUUUUAUAUAUGUUUUGCUGACUUUAAUUUUUUAAUUUUUAUUGUUGUUGCUGUUGUAGCACCAAAGAAAUGAAAGCAGAUCACCCCAGCCGGGUGCGGUGCAGCCAGCCUCCCUCCAACCUGCCCAUGCUCUGGCCAGGAGGUGGAGCAGGUGGGGUGACUCAGGGAUCGCCACAGCAGGAGGAUGGGGUGGAGGGACCCAUGCUUGCUGGUGGAUCCUGAAACCACACUGGUUCUCUCUGCCCUUACCCCAGCUGACAGAGUAGGGCAGGGUUUCUUUCUGCCCUUGGAGCCCUCGCCUUGGGACAUAGGAAAUGGCUGUGGGCCCUGCUUAAGGCUGAGCCCCAGAACUGAGAACUCUGUCUCCUCUUAGCAUGUAACUGGAACAGGCCACUGUGGUAGAGAAAGGGUGGUCUUUACCAGGGCUCCACUCUCAUCCCAGUGUGCUCUACCCUGUUACAUAAGACAUCACCCUCUGGGACUACUUGGGUCGUGGCAGUGAGACCACCCCAUGGUCCAGCAGUCCUGACUAGGACAAGAAAGGGAAAGCAAAAGCUCGUGCACAAAUAUACCUCAACCUGGCAAGCGCCACUCUGCUGACUUCUGGCUCCUGUCCCUGCCCCAGGACACACAUGCUCAGUAACUCACACACAUAGCUCUUAUACUGGGAUCUGACCCUCUUCUGGCCUCAGAAGCCUUACCCACCAGGCACAUGCAGGGUUGGGCAGAGGACGUCUGGGUUCUGGUGCUGUAAGAAGUCUAUUUGGCCAGUGUGUCUCAGGAUUUAGUCAUGAAGGAUAGACCCUUCCUAUCCAGGGGAAACGGGGACAAUGCAGGUCUUUCUGGUCAUCAGAUCUCCUUUCUCUUUCCCCAGGCAGCUGUCCACCUGUCCCUCUCCAUGCCCCUCACCUCCCUCAAGCCAGCAGCAGGCUCCUAGCCAGAAAAUGCAAGAGCUGGGUGCCCAUGUGUGCCCAGCAUUAGGGCUCUGGCCCAAGUGGAGCUUCCCCUGCAGGCAUAGUCCUGAAAGUCACGUGGCAGGACAGCAUCCCCUUUUCAUGUCUUGUAUGUAUUCUAACCAGAAAAAAAAAUGUGAUAGCACAUGGUAGCCUAGGCCGUGAAUAAAUACCUCAGACAUCCUCUCACAGCAA